AUGGACUCAGUUAACCAACCAACCCCUCACGAAACUCACGUGUGCGUAGCCACUAAUUCACGAUCUAUGCGUAGAGAAGUGAACAGUAAUCCCCUCUGCCCCUCAAAAUGAUAUAUUGAAUAGAAGACCCUUCACUCCACUUCAAACCUACACCCAAUACCCAACUCCCAAUCCUCAGUCGCCUAAACCAAAACUCCAAAUCAAACCCAGCCACCACCCCCCAAUUUAAAAACCAAAGAGAAAAGACUAAACAAAAAAAAAGUCCGACCAACUCUACCACCCAAAACGCACCCUAAUCAACUACCCCACCGACCCCACCGACCACACGAACCACCGACAUCCUCUUUACCUACACCUCUCAACCUACACCCACCAAGGAAGCCGCACGCAACGCGCUUCUCUCCGAGGGAUAUCUAAAAGAUGAUUUUGAUGUGUAUGAAGAGUAUACUGCCCCCAAAAAGGUAGAGAUGGAAGGGGUGGGGGAGGAAAAGGAGUGGAAACAUGGAAAUGGGGUGUUGGUGUUUGCGAAGGCGCGAGUUUGA